CACGCACAGACGCAGGACCGUAAACGAGGUUGGAGCCACUGCGCAUGCUCGAGGCAACUUAAUAGGAAUACUGCUGCACGUCUCAAGACAUCUCACAACCAGGUGAGGACACCGUGAGUUUACAUGCUGUCAGUGGUCGUCAGGUAGUGACCAGUCUUCGGUGGUGUGCGGCAGAGGUCAUUCUUAUUCCUGUCGACGAGCUUUCAGCUUUAAAUGCAUCUCUUUUCCACAAAUUCAAGCUGAAAUCUUCCCCACAUCAACAAACUCCAAGACAGCCUGCGGACCAGAUGAAUUAGUGUAACCAUCAUGGACGGUUAAGAAAAAUAGUCUGCUGUGUGGAGGACAGAAGGUCAGCAAUACCCCGAAGCGUCCCUCCUCUCUUCCCACUCAGAAAGACCAGCAAGUUUUCAUCACCAUGGCUGAAGAAGACUAUGGCAGCUUUGUGGACUGGAACCAAAUGGGGGAACUGGCCAAGAGCAGCGGGCCCACCAAGGUAGACUGUAAAGACCUGAAAGAGUUCAAACAGAUGGCUCGGCAGGGUUACUGGGCCAAAAACCACAAGCUACGAGCGCAAGUCUACCAGCAACUCAUCAAAGCCAUUCCCUGUCGUACAGUUACCCCAGAUGCAGAAGUGUAUCGUGACAUUAUGGGAAAUGCAGCCACUAAGAAGCGCUCUUCCCACAUCCAACUUCCAGAGUUCGUGGAUGGAAGUCCUCUGCCGCGGUACUGCCUGAAGACAGAGGCAGUAACCUCAGCCCAUCAGAUUAUCAACUGCGUGUCCGGACAGUUUCCAGAUAUCUCCCACUGCCCGUCACUACCAGCUGUUACUUCAUUGCUCCUGCACUUCAGCGUAGACGAGGCUCAGUGUUUUGAGCAUGUCAGCCGCAUACUGGCCUGCAACGAGCCAGGCAAACGGCUGCUGGAUCAGACUUUCCUGGCCUACGAGUCCAGCUGCAUGACUUUUGGUGACCUGGCCAACAGGUACUGCACAGCUGCCCACAAAAUGAUCGUGGCCACAGCCCAGGAUGUGCUUGAGGUCUACUCCGACUGGCAGCGCUGGGUGUUAGGUGACCUUCCUUUCAGCCACGUGGUCAGGUUCCUGGACAUCUACUUAGUGGAAGGCUACAAGGUUCUCUUCCGUGUGGCUUUAGCCUUGCUCAAGUUCUAUCGCAAGCAUAAAGCAGGGGCCCAGGGAGGCCAGGGCAGCCAGCAGCAGGAUUCAAGCAAAGUUAAGGAUGACAUUCAAGCGUUCGUCAAGGGCAUUGCCUCCACCGUCACCCCGGAAAAGUUGCUAGAGAAGGCCUUCUCCAUCCGUAUGUUUAGCCGUAAAGAGAUCACCCUGCUGCAGCUCACAAAUGAAAAGUCCCUGCAGCAGAAAGGCAUCACUGUCAAACAGAAGCGGCGGAACGUACAGCUGGCACUUAACCCCGACACGUUCUCCUCUGAGAUUGUCAGUGCCAAGGAGAUGCGUGAUAUCUGGUCGUGGAUCCCUGAGCGCUUUGCCCUGUGCCAACCACAACUCCUCUUCACCACCUCCACCCAUGGCUGCAGCCUGAACAGAUUCUACUCGCAUUGUGAAGGCUACGAACCCACUCUGCUCCUCAUCCGGACCACAGAUGGCGAUGUAUGUGGAGCCUUCCUGUCCACAGAUUGGGAGGAGCGGAAGAGAGGAGGCAACAAAUUGAGCUUCUUUGGCACAGGGGAGUGCUUUGUUUUCAGGCUGAAGCCAGAGAUGGAGCGCUAUGAGUGGGUGGUGAUCCGCCACCCUGAGUUAGCCUCCUCCGUCAAGACUCAGGACCCAGAAGAGACAGCCUCACCCGAGGGGCAAAACUCGGACAACAAUGGCCUACAGCAGCCAGAGAAACCUGCUGGAGAACUAUCGCCCUUCCUCUCCGCCCGCCACUUCAACCUCAACUCCAAGAAUACUUCCAUGUUCAUGGCUGGCAACUUUGACUCCAUCAUAGUUGGAGGAGGCGACGGGAACGCUCUCUACAUCGACUCUGAGCUCAACCAUGGGCGCGCUGGCCGCUGCGCCACCUUUGACAACCCCCCCUUGUGUGCUGAGAGCUUUCAGGUUGCCCUUCUAGAAGUGUGGGGCUUCCAGGACGCCAUGGCCUCAUAAUAAUGUACCCAUAAACACACAAUACACGUGCAUACAUGUAGAUCCAUACAGGCAUAGACUCCUAUGCGCAUAAUCAUGCACACAAAUUUUAACACUUAUAUUAAAGCAGAAAAUCUUGAUCUUAAAUGUCCUGCAAAGUAUUAGAGGUGGAAAACAGAGGUCUGCAAACCGAACAAUAUCCGUCCUACAAAUUCAUACAUGAUACACAAUUUUAUAUUUAUUUAUGCAGUUAAUCCAAAUUUGACAUGUGAACAAAACAUUUUGUUUGAUUUUUAUUUUUGUAAUUACAGAUUUGUAUUAUGAUGUGCUAGUUAUGUUAACGUGUCUGGUAAUAUGAUGGAAGUCAGGAUCAACUGUAGAUAAAGCCAAUAUGAGGUUCAUUUAAAGGUACUUUUAUGUUGGCUAUGGUGUGUUUAUGUUUGUGCUGAGCUGAAACAUUUUAAUUUCUGAAUGUAAAUUCAGUCUUUUAAUGUGCUUUGGUUUAGCUCAAUCUGCCAAAUUAACUGUAUAGCUGUCUCUGCGGUCCUUUUUAAAAAAGAAUAACCAGGCUAAAAGGUUUAAGAUAAAAUGUGUGAAGUCCAGAGUUGAUUUGGUGAGAUGUGCUUUUUAAUGUUGAAACUAAGAUGAACGCAGUGAAGUUCUCAGUCAAGUCCCAACUUCCCCACUGCACUGCACGUAUGUAGGAGAUCUGCUUAUGAAUUAAUGUGGUGAAUGUUUGUGGAUGUCAGUGUUGAAUUUGAGUGUUGCCAUUUUGCACCAUAUGUUGAAGCUUUUAUUUUGAAUGAGUGGCAAUUUCUCCUUUUUUUUUUUUUUUUUUUUUUUUUUUAGUGUAUAUGAAUAUUCAUGUUAAUACCAAGUACAAAUUUUUUUAAAGUUUUUGGUUUACAAGUAAUGAAGAUAGAUGCAGUUUGCUCAUCCUUCCCUUCUUACCCUCUCCUGCUAUUUCCGUCCAUUGUAGUGUGAAGACCGUGAAAAAAGAGGUCCAAAAUGGUGCCCUGUUGGCAAAGUGUUUGUAUCUGUAUGUUCAAACUUCCAGUGAGACAUUAAGUAACUACAAAUGUAUCUUACAUGUGAAAAUACAGCAAUAUGCUUUCAUUAGAGCAAGUGACUUGGUCUUUGUUUGUCUUGCUGCUAGUCAUUGCUUUACUUCCAAAUCCAUCACAUCUCUGUUCUUGCAAAGAGGUGACAUUUCUUCAGACUGUCACAGAAGUGCAAGAUGCCUUUUUAAACC